CCCGACCCUCUGCACCCGAGAAGCCCACCAACUACCGCCACCCAUUUCCGGCCGGAAAUCCAGCAAAGCUUGGGGGUUUUCUCCUUCUUUUCUUGUUCUUGAACCCAGAAAUCCCCCCUCCUUGCUGGAAAUUCCAGAUCUGCGCUGUCUUCUCCCCUCUGUCCGUCGGCCUCUGCUUGUGUGGGUGUGAAUUCUCGGCUUUUCUGGUAAGAACAGCCAUGAUUUCAUCUUUUAGCUUUGAUUUAAGUUGGGUUUGCCUUAAUUUCUCUGGGUUCUCCAUUUUGGGUUGGUCCCGUGAGUCCCCUGCAGAGAAUUCUCGCCGGCUUCUUUCCCCUGCUAGCUCCGGUUUGCUUGCUGGAAUUCUGGUUCUGAUCGUCCUGUCAAUUAGCAUUGAGAUUGAGUGCUCGGUUUUGUGCGAGUGAGGAAUCGAAACCGAGGACGGGGAAACCAAGGGGAGUGACGAAUUAGAAGGCUAGCCAUUCAAUUGGGGUAUAAGUUUUAGAUUUUAUCAUCCUUUUGUAAGGUUGAUUUUAUUCAUGAGAUUUUGUGAUUUGGAUAAGUUUCGAGCCUUGUGCAUUUGUGGGACCCACUCACGAGUGCACGGCGUCUGUCGCGCCUCGGAUUUGGGUUCUGGGGUGUGACAAAUGCAUUGAACACAAAUUAAAACGAAAAAUAGAUA